AUGUUCAAAGCAAAUAAAGCAUUAAAUAAGUUCCAAGCUAUACUUUUUGCAGGAAAAAGCAAAAGCACACCACCACCAACUCCAAAAACUUUUGGACAACUAAUAGAACAAUAUAGAAUGAAAGUAAAGAAAUUAGAAAAGUUGCAAGAAGAAGAAGGAAACGAGGAAGUGGUUAAAACACUUAAAGACCUCGUAGACCAGAUAGCAACUACUGAUUCUAAUUUCAAAAGGAUUAAGCUAAUGAAUAAUAAAGAAGCUCAAACACAUGUCGAUAAAAUAAAAAAUAUCAACAUAUUACCACGAAGACUUAAAGAAACUAA